AACACACUUCACUCCCCGCGAUGCUCACUUCGUUGUGAAAAUACUGUUUUCAUUGCACCAGGCACGGGAUAAUUAGACACCGCGUGAGAUUCGGAAAUGUCAGGCACAUCUAGACAACUCCCCGAAUACCCAACAGACUCUCGCUCAGUAACCGGACAGCCUGCCUCCUGGAUGUGUAGCUCCGUCAGGCGCUGAGCAUUUCGAUGAGAUUUUCAGUUCGAGCAUACAGGCGGAACCGGGUCACGUACCAGAAUCCAGUGACGAGUGAAUCAGGAGGAAGUGGCUAACGCUGCCUCUCUUCAAUUUUCAUUCAAGUCCCUUUCUCUCUUCGUCGGUUCGCCCUUGUUUCGAUUCUCCCAGCAGCGCGGGAGGAGAAGAGCAAACGAGGGGAGGCUGUAAGCCAUCCUGAACAAAGCUUCGGCGGAUUGAAUUGUGAAGUUGCCCUGCUCAGUUGCAAACAGUGGUUUUAUCUUCCUGGAGGUGGAAGCUGGCCCCGCUGGAGGGAGGAAAAGCAAGAGCCAGGCAGAUGGAAGUUGGGGAAAAGCAGCAUGUUCCCCGUGAAAGCUCGCUCCUGCCGUAGGCAGCGCUGGUCCCAGGCGCAACCUUCCCCUCUCUCCGCUCGCUGGCCGGAUUAUGAUGCACCAUGGGCUGGUGCGACCCCGGAGUACAGAUGCUCUUCACCAUGAUGGGCGCUUUCGCAGCUUUCAGCCUGAUGAGCAUCGCCAUCGGCACCGACUACUGGCUGCACUCACGGGCUUAUAUCUGCAACAGCACGAACAGUACCACCGAGGAGAACCAAGUGAAAAAGGAGAAAGGGGCCAUGAUCCACUCGGGUCUCUGGAGAGUCUGUUGUGUGGAAGGUUUUCAAAAAGGAAAUUGCUUCAGAAUCAAUUAUUUCCCUGAAGAUGAUGAUUAUGACCAGGAGGGUUCAGAAUAUCUAUUACGCAUUGUCCGUGCUUCCAGCCUAUUUCCCAUCCUGAGUGCCAUACUCCUGCUCUUGGCGGGGCUGUGUGUUGGAGUUGGCAAAUUGUACAACAGCAAGACCAACAUUAUCCUUAGUGCUGGCAUCUUAUUUGUAGCAGCAGGACUGAGUAACAUAAUUGGGAUCAUUGUGUACAUAUCAAGCAACACCGGCAACCCAUGGGAUAAGGAUGACGAUGACAAGAAGAACCUGUAUUCCUACGGGUGGUCUUUCUAUUUCGGGGCUUUGUCCUUCAUCGUAGCAGAAAUGGCAGGCGUCUUAGCUGUGAGCAUCUACAUUGACAAGAAUAAGGUUGCAAGGAGCAGAUCACACCGCGAGUAUCUGAAGACUUCCUCCUCGCCCUAUUCCAGGAUGUCCAACUACAGAUACAGACAGAGGAGGCGAUCCAGGUCUGGCUCCCGGUCAGAGGAACCGUCUCCAGCUCGGGAAAUCUGUGCUGCCGGCAACAUGAAGAUGGUGAGUACCGUGGUGCCACUGAGCGAGAUCUCCAUGUACACUCUUUCAAGGGAAGCCAGCAAGCCGCCAGUUGGAGCCACCUACCUCCCGGAACAAGAGGAGAGUUUCCUCCAGGUACACAACUGCUUCCAAAAGGAGGCCAAGGAGGGAUUUGGCAUGAACACGAUGAACAGGCGAACAACACCAGUCUGAGGCACCAGGUUUAUACCCCAUACCCCCACCACUCUGACUCAUUUCACUUUCCCUGUCCUGUUGAAAGUACAGACCAGCAGAAAGGUCUAGAGACCAGGAGCAGGGUGUCCCACCAGCCUGGCCUCUCUCUCUGUCAACGGGUCAUAGAUUAGCCAUGGUGAAAAAUGGAAAGGAUACGAGGACAAAGAUUAACUGAACUGUGCGGAAUGGGCAGCGGAUGAAGUCCUUGUUAUCUAUCUAAAAUUCCCAUACAGGGAACACUGAGAACAUGAGAUGCACCCGCCUCUAUGUAAUUGGUGAGAAACUCAACUGUUAACACGGAAUUAACACUUUAAGCAUUAAUGUUCACUCUUACAUCUCAUUCAACUGGAAUACCAAGGUCAAUGACUGUUUAACUGCAAGCAGAAAUACUCAGUUUUAACCUUUAAAUGACGGGAAGGUCUGAUUAAACCGCUACUGCCAGUGAAUUUUUGUUCUUGUUGUUCACCUGUCAAACACUGGGAUCUGCGCACAGCCCAGGGCAUGGCCGAAGGAUGAAAUCCGUUGUGGCUGGCUGACGGGUGCCUUAUUCCGCCAAUAACUUGCACCAACAUUUCCUUCAUUUUAGCCGCUCUCCCAUUAAAGAAAUUAACCCAGACGUGUGUGCAGUGGAAUUGACCGUGUAUAUUUGUACAACAAUUCAGAAGAUGAAUUUUAGCGACAUCAUUUAGUGGCUUGAGGAUGUUCAAAACCCAGAACAACUACAGGCUUGGAUCAGCAAGUUGAUUAAUGUACUGGACAAAACCUCAAUGUCUUCAUUGGUUGUGUUUCUCGUGGUUUUCCCUCCUCCAAAAUUUGUCACUGUAAAGAUGUUAAAAGGUAGCUGUGUGUACAAUAGUAAACCUGAUCGCUAAUCAGAUUAUUGUGAAACUAGGAGAGGAGAGAGCGACCCUUGCCUAUCUGGCUCUUGUAAAGUAUUUGUGAUAAUAAACUAGUUUCUGGACAUGCUGGGAAUCUCUAAUUGUGCAAAGAAAGAGUGUUGUCCCAAAAAUAGAGGUUCCUUAGAAACCCUCUAUCUGAACUUGGAAGGAAAUCCCUUUCUGGAAAAAGAAGUGGUCAAGUGUACCAGGUUUCAGUAGCAGAAUAUUUAGGAGAUAAUGAUCAUAAUAUAAACUUUUGGUUAGCUACAGGAAAGGAGGUGGAAUCCAAAAUAAAUAUAAUUAAUUGGAGGAAGGCCUACUUCUCCAAUCUGGCCCAGGUAAACUGAAACUAGAAGCUGAACAGACAAAACUGUAACAUGACAAAUGGGCUGUUUUUAAAGAGGAGAUAGUUUGGGUACAGUUGAACCACCUCUCAUUGAAGCACCUUCAAUAACUCCAAAAGACUGAAGUUGGGUAAAAUACUGAAAGGCUUUUAUUCGCUGUACAAUACGACCUCCACGGUGAGUGUCUGCCCCCGGACUGAGGGGGAGGGGCAAGGUGAAAUCACCUUUAUACAGGAAUCUGUGGGAGGAGCCACAGGGGCAGACAGCAGAGGGGCGUGUCCAGACAGUUAACCCAGUUACAACAUAUACAUGGUUUACCACACUCAUCAGAGACAAAGGAAUAUCAAAUACAGAACUAUCUAUGAGAUACAGAGGACAACAAAACAAAAGCUGUUUAUGUCAAAUGUAGGCUGGUAAUUACCAUUAAAAAAAAACAACAAAAAGAUCUGGGGUAUUGAAAAUUACCAAAGAGAACGUAUAGAAAAUAAUAACAGCCAAUAGUAGUAAAAGGGGAAUUUGUGGACUAAUGGUGCACAUUGGAGACAAAAGAGGCAACUUACACAUAGAUACUAAGGAUACAGUUAAAGCACUAAGUGAAUACUUUGUAUCUGUCCUAAACAGGGGAAGGGGGUGUUUUGAAAAUAAUGGUGAAAGAAGAGAUAGUUGAGACACUGGAUACAUUUAAAAUUGACAGAAGAGGUAUUAGAAAAGUUAGCAAUUUAUAAUAGGCAAGUCACCUGGUAUACAUGGCAUACAUCCUAUGAUUUUAAGGGAAUUACAAAAUGAAGACUACAGAAUACUGAUUAUGAGUUGCUCUUUGCUCUUUAUGUACAGGGCAAGUGCCAAAGGACUGAAGAAUAGCAAAAAUCUUCCUGUUGUUCAAAGAAACAGAGUAAUACAGGCCAGUCCUUUUAAACCUGGCUGUGCAAAAG